AUGGCGGCUACGCUGCGCAAUCUUUUUGGUGGAGGAAAGCAGCGUGCUCAGUCUAGCAACGAUGCAAAUGCUGAGGGGCCAGAGCCAGGUGACAUUGUUGUGACAGGCACACCUGUUGUGACAGGCACGCCUGUUGAUCUCGAUGGUGAAGCCUUGCCGUCGCAGCUCGCUGAAAACUUUGAAGCGGCUGAAGCGGCUGAAGCGGCAGUGGUGGCUCAAGGGGGUUCAGCGCUUGAAGCAGAGGAAGCGCUCCAGGUGACCGAAGUUGCACAGAGGGCCCAUGAUCAACGGGUCUACAUUGCUCAGACUCUGGGGUGCAACUUGAGGAAUUUCCAGCACAACAUUUGCCUCCUCAACGGUGACCAGAUCCAGCGGCUCACCUUGGACAUCAACACGGCCCCUUUGUGGAUGCAGGAGACGUACGACACGCAGGUGAAUUUUACCUGGGCUUUGGCUGGCUUCAAUGUCCUGCUGAGCUCGUUUUUCCCUGGUGGCAAAAAGACUGCGCAAGGCAUGGACCAGGAAGACGGCUGGGGUGGAUGGGCUCUCCCUUUCAACAGGGACGAUGGUCUUUUGCUGCACAUGAGCCUGUACGGCAAGGAUUGCUUGCAGUUUGUGAGGGCAUUUCUGAGAAUGUCUGGGCUGGGAACCGCUCGAUCGGAACCUCGCAGCUUGGUCAACUUGCAGGGAGAUGAUGAGCAGGCAAUUCCUCUGGAGGCUCGCAACAAGAUGCUGUUGAAGAGCAGCUUUUUCCAUAAGAGCUUCGAGCCUUCGCAUGCAUCAAUGCAGAAGGCUGGACUGCUUUUUGCGGCCGAUUCCGACCAGACCCUGCGCAAUGAGGAGCUGGUCCUCCUCUCCGUCCUGGAGCCUGGCUAUGGGCAGCUGGUGGACGGGGCGAGCAUGACCAACCAAUCCAUUUGGGUCACCUCCAGCGGCUUCUUCUAUGUUCUGCGGUUUGUCCCCUUCCAGACUGCCAACAGGAAAUUCACAACCCCUCUAUUCACGCUCAAGGCUGAGAUUGUCAAGGGGGACUUUGCCAACGAUGACUUCAUGGUCCGGCAGAAGAAGGAUGUGGACGUGAUGUGGACUGGGACUGGAGGAGAUGACUUCGCAUUGGUCUGGGAUGGCUACCAGGAGCGGAUUCUGGCGGUGAAGAAGGGCGGGAACUACCACGUGAUGGCCAUGCAGCUUGUCCGCCCUUUGGAUGCAGUGGGUGCCCCCUACAGCAUUGCCGUUGGUCGCUGUGUCAGGGCACCAGCUGGCUUACACCUGGGAUUGAUGGCAGGGGGAGCCCAGUCAUACUGUGUGCAGACCAUGCGCCAGACUGGUGACGCGGACCAGAGUCGUGCAGCACACAAGGGCGGCAAGAAAGGCGGCUGGGGCAGCGGGAAAGGCGGCUCUGGCGGCUAUCGGCAACAGCGUGAUGGAUGGGACCAUGCACGCAGCGGCUGGGGUGGCCCUGCACCUGCACAAGCGGCUCAAGCGGCUCCUGCGGCCGCAGCCGCACCUCCGCAAGCAGCCUCCGCUCAACAAGGACCACCUCCUGCUCAACAAGGUCCGCCUCCUCCGGCACAAGCAGCCUCUUCUCAACAAGACUCACCUCCUGCGGCUCCCAAGGCUUCUGCGGCUCCCAAGGCUUCAGCGGCACCAGCGGCUCAGCAGGAGUAUUGGGGCAAUUGGUGGGAGGAUGGCAGUCAGUGGUGGGACGAUCAUCAGAAUCAGUACCAGGAUGGUGGCGUGGACCCAUACGACGAGUGGGCAGAAGACGUCUAG